GAGUACGAAAAAGCUGAAAAUGUCAUGAACAGAACAAUCAGGAUAAAAAAAGAAUAAAUUUCAUUUGAUCAUAUUAAAUUAAUACGUAAAUUUUUUUUGUAAAUCAUAAUACGAAAUGGCAGGCUAUCGAGAAUACGCUGAAUUAAACAGAUACAUCAACGAAGGACUGGAUGAUGAGUUGGAUGAAAUGGACCAAGUUGACUACAUAUCGCGUUACCAACUAGAGCAUUUUGGUGUUGGUAGAGUGGGAGAAAAGCGAUCAGAGAGUCAACGAUACUUGAAUCAUGACUAUGUGCAACCACCAAACGAACCCGAUUCAUCAACGCCGCUAAAUUAUAAAUACGUGAAAUCCACACGAGAUCUCACCCUUCCAUUGCAAAAACAUCCAAAUGCUCAACCAAACUACGAAAGUCCCGAAGAUGAAGAGCUAUCGCUUCGCAAAUAUUUAGGUGUUAGCGUCGGUUUAGUGAGUUUGAUCACAGAAAAUCUAUUGAGCCAUCCGUUUGUUGUGCUACGGCGACAGUGUCAGGUUCGUCAUAAUUCGUUGCGACGGCAUUUAGUACCAUUUACACUUGUACCUGUCAUAUGUCAUUUGCAUCAACGACAAGGUGUCACAACAUUGUGGAAAGGUUUGGGUAGCUGCUUGUUGAUUCGUGGCAUGUCCUUGGCGAUAGAGGAUCUGCUGUCAAAAGUAACACCGUGGCCUAAGGAAAUCACACAUAGAACGACCUUGAAGAAGUUUGGACAGCAUUUGAUACUAAAAAGUGUCAGCAUUGCCGUUGUAGUACCAUUUUAUGCCGCAUCUCUAGUUGAAACGGUGCAAAGUGAUAUUGCAAGUGAAAAGCCCGGCAUUUUCGAUGUUUUUCGAGAAGGAUGUAUACGUUUACUCUCAUUUCAAAAUCCGCAAAAAGGUCGAAUGCUACCCAUAUGGGCAUUGAUUGGCCCAAGUGUGGCAAUGGGAAUAUCAAAAUACAUAUUUGGACUGGCUGUCAAAAGUAUUUCAACGAGAAUUAUGCAAUAUCGUUUACAAAAUUCACAACAACAACGAGGCGCACGACCAAAAGAUUUCGAGAGUGAUCAAGAGAAUAUUGAAAUCUAUUCGACAUUGUUGUCAAUCAUGUCAACAGAGAUUUUGUUUUAUCCAUUUGAAACGAUUUUACAUCGCAUUCAGUUGCAAGGCACACGAACCAUUAUCGACAACUUGGAUUCUGGAUAUUCGGUGGUGCCAGUCAUAACGAGUUACGAGGGUGCGGCCGAUUGUUAUAGAUCAACUAUUGCCAGCGAAGGAGUUUCAGGGCUUUAUAAAGGCUUUGGAGCAAUGGUUUUGCAAUUUGCAGCACAUUAUGCGGUCAUAAGACUCACCAAAUGGAUCGUUACCCAAGUGAUGGAAGUUGUUGCAAAUAAGCCACCAUCAAAGGUUACUGAAUUUUAUAAUCUAAAUUCGUCGAUAAGAAGCUCACCCAUUGACGGCGGCACCGCAGAGAAUGAAUCAAUUGUGUCAAACACAAUUUCAAAAAGCAUCAGCUCACUAAGUGUCGAAUAGUUAAACAAAAAGUCGUUGUUUGUACAAUAUAUCAUUUUUUUUCCUUCAAAAUGUUGAUAUAUCCGUUUGUUUCGUUUAUUAAUUAGUCAAAUUUUACAAGCUAAAUUAAUUCAAAUUCAGUGAAAAAAAAAACUUAAAAUAAAUUCUAGAUCAAUAAAAGCUGCGAUAAGUAAAUUAACAUUAAUUUGAUCAAAUGUUUCCUAUUAAUUUUAUUUAUUUCAAUAAAUAAUGAAAAGA